AAGAUUGUCUUGUGCGGUUGCUUCUGAUAUGUCUGAGGAAAGUGCUUUGCCAUUUGUCUGAUUGAUUUGUGAACGACAAGAGGUAUCUCGGUGAUGAGACACUCUCGGGAAAAUUGUUCCUGAAUAAUAUAUUUGAUGGAAAAAGCGUGCUAGUUGAGUAAUUAUUAAUGAUUUGUGACGGAUAAGAGUGUCCGCGGUGUCUGUGAAAUUGAGACAAGACGACAUCUCAUCAUAAUUUCUCUGAAUAUGCCAUCAAUCAGUUCGUGUGCCGUUUGUGGGGUUGAAGCCAGCCUGAAGUGUGGCGGAUGUAAAAAUGUCGUAUACUGUGGGAAAGAUCAUCAGAAGAUUCACUGGCGGAAGGGUCACAAGGCCAUGUGCAAGUGCGUUGAGCUCAAAACCGACGAGAUUAUGGGACGAUUCUUAUCUGCCACCAGAGACAUUAAGCAAGGAGAAGUGAUCCUAAGGGAGAAACCCCUAGCAAUUGGUCCUAAACUCAACUGCCGCCCUAUGUGCCUAGGUUGCCAUCGAUUCCUCAGCCUUAAACCCAAAGAAAGGAACUACUACAAAUGCUCCCAGUGCAACUGGCCCCUCUGUGGAGCCUCCUGCGAAAAGCUUCCUAUCCAUCAAGCUGAAUGUGCCCUAAUGGCUUCUAGGAAAUUCAGGGCUCAGAUUGAUGCAUCAAGGGAUGAUGAAAACAAGAAGGAAGCGGCGUAUUGUGCCAUCGUUCCCCUAAGGUGUUGCCUACUGAAGACACAGGAUCCGGAAGGCUUUCAGAAGCUGAUGGACCUGCAAUCCCAUUUGGACAAAAGAAUUGAGACUCCCCUGUACCGGGUUUUGAAGGCUAACCUUGUGACUUUUAUCAAGACCAUUCUAAAUUUGGAUAUUGAGGAAGGGACUAUUUUGGAAAUUGCUGCAAUCCUGGAUACCAAUGCCUUUGAGAUCCGCCAUCAGCAUAGGAAUAUCAAAGUCAGGGGACUCUAUCCAAUGGCAGCUAUGAUAGCCCAUAGUUGCGUCCCGAAUACUGCUCACACUUUCAAUGAAGACUUUGAAUUUGUCCUUAUUGCAACGGUGGAUAUUGCUAAGGGUAGCCCUAUCUACACGACUUAUGGACAGACAUUGCAGGGAACCCUUCAGAGACGUCAGCAUUUGCGUCAGAAUAAGUACUUCGAAUGCUUCUGCGAAAGAUGUGGGGAUCCCACCGAGUUGAGCACCUUUGCAGGUUCCUUCAACUGUACCCGUUGCAACAACGGAAAGAUGAUCCCUGAAAAUCCUUUUGAAGAUACCGCCCCAUGGAAGUGCUCAGCUUGUGAAUGUGAAAUCCCAGCCAAGCAAGUGAUCAAUGGGAACAAAGUUAUCAUGAAAGAAGUAUCUGAACUGGAUCAAAAUUCACCGAAGGAAUUUGAAGCGUUCCUAAUUAAGUACAAGGAUGUUCUUCAUUGUACCAAUACCCAUAUGCUUCAAGUGAAGUACGCUCUGAGUCAGCUUUAUGGCAAUAUUCCCGGAUUCCAGCUGCAUGAACUCACCGAGGCAGCUCUUAUCCGGAAAAUUGACAUAUGUCGAGAACUUCUAGAAGUGGGAAAUCUCCUAGAACCCGGUCUCAGCUUCUUCCGCGGAUACCUUCUCAUGGAUCUUCAGGCCGUUCUGGCGAUUCAAGCGAAGCGUGACUUCGAGAAAAAUGCCGCAGACCGGGAAGAGACUCUUAGGAAACUUACAGAGGCUAUGGAUCUCCUUCAGGAGGGAGUAAGGAUCCUAAGUCCAGACCCCGCCCUGAAGGAUUUCAUCAACGGAAAAGUUCAGGAACUGACACAAAUGAUGCAAUUUUAGAAUGUUUUAUUUUGUCUGAAAUAAAAGUUCAGUAGCCGA